AUGUCAGGUAGCUCUCCCGCCGGAAGGACGUCCGCGCCUGCCACAACGGUAAAUGCCCAGCCUGUGCUCCGCCAGCCCUCGUUGUCCUCUUCUCCUUCUUUGUCGAAUCCAACUUCCUCGUCGACUACAAAGCCUAUUCCAAUCGUUCGGGGGUUCAAGGUGAAGAAUACAUACAAUGGCAGAGGUCCGCACCACCACUUGCAGAGGGCUCACACCCUUGAUGACCACUCUCCCCAGCUUUCGGAAAGAGACACCAUCUUUGCUGAUCACUAUGUACCUGCCAACAAUGACCCGGCUUCGUUGACGGAAGGAGCGACGCACUCUACUUCACCCAUUACUCCACGGAAGGCUAUGACCGUGAUGCCAACCAUGGUUACUCAUUCUGUUUCUCCUCCUGAACCUGCGCGUUCAAAUGCUACCUCGUCCUCUAGAAGCAGGGCUUGGUUCCGAAAAUCAGAUUCUGCCACCGACAAAGAAUCUCCUAGUCCUUCGCAUACGAGGCCUUCCACUGGUACCAUUCAGGGCAUUAGGAGGAUUGCAUCCGAUAGCCACACAUGGUCCAAGAAAUUCCACGUUACAGUGGGCUCGAUGGAAGCGAAGGAAACCAAAUCAUUUGAUUCUGCACACGACCUGCAAGAUCACCAUGGAAAUAUCCAACCAGGUACAGCAGCUGUUCGAAAUCAUGACCCGCCACAGCAGACUACCGUCGAGUUCAGUGGAUCAUUGCGACAAAUGCUGCAAGACCAGCCUAAGACUGAGCGAAGUGUGAGUCGAGGCCGGACUCAUGUCGACAAAAGCAUCGAAGCAACAGUCAAAAAUCCCGAGGCCAUUGGAAACGCCCGUAGUAGAAAGGCCAGUCACAUGAUGGGCAUCUUUGACCCGAGAACCAAUUCACGAUCACCAGCAGCACAAAUUUCUAAUGAUGUCGCACCCCAAACCGGCGGCGACAAUGUUGACAUUUCCAAGCCCUCCUCACGCCCUCCCAGCUCCUCAUCGCAAGAUGCUGUCGUCGCUAGAACCAUGCUGUCUGCCCCGAAGGAUCACAACGAUACACUCUUCUUGCCAGAUUGGAACGAUGGCCAUCUUGCUAAUGCCGGCGCGUCUGGCACAGUUCCUGAUGUCAAGCAUGAUCAUGAUCCAUACUUCCGUCAACAGGAUCGUGCCCAAGUGCCAAGCAUACCACCAAAAUUACUUGAGGAGAUAAAGGGCGCAUACAAGUCACGGAUUCUGAAUAUUGGUCCGCAUGCACCCAAAGAGAGAACUCCGACCAGCUUCCAUUCCGCUUCACCGACAGAGGCAUCCCAUCCACGUGUAAAUCGUGAUGAUGAGGAAGAGCACAUAUCUGCAGCAGUAUAUUAUCCUCGCCCUGGCCCAUCUCCUGAAGAGAUUGAACGACUUGCGUCUCCUGGUGAACGUACUCCAGAUCUCAACCCGACUUCUCUCUUAUCACCUCUCCAGAACACUGUACCCAUCGAAAAGAAGCUUGUCGAUCCCCUGAUGACCGCUGAGCACAUUGAUAUCUCCGUGGUCUCGAAGAAUGACACAAAAGUUUUCCAUGGCAAUUAUCAGCCGGUGGACGAUGUCUCUAAUGACGUCUCCAAGUUUACAGUUGAUGAAAACUCCACAAGUGCAAUUCUUACCACUUCCGAAUCCGAGAUGGAGUCCGGUGACGAGUUUGGACAACAAAGUCAAGCUGAAGAUAUUUCAACUACUCCUACUCAGACCACCACCAUGAUUAGGAGGCCCACUACUGAUAUGCCUGUUCCUGGGACAAGAGCAAAAGUCGUACUUGAGCCUUACAAACAUCAGGUGGGAGGGCAUUCAACCAUCUUUCGUUUUUCUCGACGUGCAGUUUGUAAGCAGUUGAACAAUCGGGAGAAUGAAUUCUAUGAACGUAUUGAACAACGCCAUCCAGACAUGCUCAAGUUACUUCCAAGAUAUAUUGGGGUUCUAAAUGUGACUUUUUCCAAGGUCCCGAAACAGGGCCAAGUCGCGGAGACGAAGCCCGAGGGAACUGAAACUAGUACCACUGAGACUGCUGCGCAUCAAACUCACAAGUCACAAGAUGUUGACCCUGCCCUUGCAGCUCAUACCUUCGAAAAGCCUCGCAUUGUCAGCCAUUCACAACAGAUUGGCAGUAUUCCUCAAGUGAUUCUAGAUCAGAACAAGCACAUAAUCCCUUCCAACUAUUUUGCCUUGCCAGAGAGGCCAAGAAGUGCUGAUCCAAAUCAUGGGCGAAGGCGGAGUAAGGACUUCUAUGUCGGAAAUGGUGGACCUACUGAUCAGCAAGAGAAUUCCAAGUCACCUCCCCGCCCCGUCAUGCCGGAGCAUUCCAACAGCUGGGGAAAUACCUCGGUCAAUGAAGGAUUGAAAGAUAAAAUCCUGCGUGAGGUAUUCGGGCCACCUCCUGUACAAUACUAUCGCCGCCACAUGCCUUCACACACUCAUGGUACUGUUCCUCGAAUGAGAGCUGGGCAAUAUCACAGCGACGGAUCUCGACGGAAGAGCAACCUUUCCGCCCAUGCAAUUCCUCUGGCUAAGGCUUUGCACCCAGAUCAAGAGCAACCUAAGAAUACUGCCAAUUCUGAGCAGUCAACCAUGGUGCCAGUUCAUGAGGAGUCAGCAACUUGCCUUGAAGUACCAAACGGCACAUAUUCAGCUUCUGUGUCCGCUGUUGAUAGCAUGACGUACGGACUUGAGAAAGUCAGGACGACAGGAAGCGAAGUUUCUACUACAUCUAACGGAGAAUCCAAAUCCCAUGUCAAACGACGCCAUUCGGGCAUGGGCCUCAGGCGGCGCCACGUGUCGGUCAAUGAGACUCAGCCACCAGAUCUAGAAUACUUCGAGGAUGAAGCUUACGCAACCGAUGUCGGUCCCGACUCUGCUAACGACGUUUUUGCCAUGGACCAAGAUGCAGAUUCUAACGAGAGACCGAGCAGUAGUGCACAGAAACUCGCACACAAUAGCCGAUUUCUACAGCCUCCAAACGGCGGUGAUGCAGCGGGCGAUGUCUUUGAGAACGAAUCACUUGAAGAUCCUGCAAAAGUUCUCGUACCCUCAAACCCGAAAGAAGCUCAAUCUGCGAAUUCGGGAGAUCGAGUGGUUUUCUUCAUUCUCAUGGAGGAUCUUACAAGCGGCAUGGGACGGCCUUGUGUGCUCGAUCUCAAGAUGGGUACGAGGCAAUUCGGGGUCGAAGCUACCAAGAAGAAAAUGGAAUCCCAAAGGCGCAAAUGUAAAACAACAACAUCACAAGUAUUGGGAGUAAGAAUAUGCGGGAUGCAAACCUUUGACGCCAAGACUGGUAAAGCAUCGUACGAGGACAAGUAUUUCGGUCGUGACCUCAAGGCAGGUCGCGAGUUUCGUGACGCGUUGAUCAGGUUCCUGUAUGAUGGCAUCAGUUACAACAGUGUCGCAAAGCACAUCCCUACAAUACUACAUAAAGUGUCCAAGCUUGAGAGCAUGGUGCGACGCUUACCAGGUUAUCGAUUUUAUGCCAGCAGUCUAUUGAUGCUCUAUGAUGCCGAGCCUAACAAGUCGCGCGAGGCUGAAGAGGCUGCAAGGAAUGGCAUCAAUAUCGCACAGCAGAAGCAGAAAGAAGGCAAAACCUGGCCACCACCAAUUGAGCUCAAAAUUGUGGAUUUUGCCAACUGUGUCACUGGCGAGGAUCCUCUACCUCCAAAUGCUCAAGCACCACCAGCACAUCCGCGUGAUAUUGAUCGUGGCUAUCUGCGUGGCCUGAGAACACUCAGGGCUUAUUUGGAACGUAUUCUCGCAGAUAUCAAGUCAGCUGAGCUGCGAGAUCAUGGUGACAGAGAAGGGAUCACCAGCGAAACUGGUCUUGCCAAGCAAUACUCCCAUUCUAGCAACGGGGGUGAAGAAGCACGCGAUGACGGUGAAGUCAAUCGCGGCCUCUCGUAUUCUGGCUUGGCAGCUGAGCCACAGGAGUCACAGAAUGGACUACAACAACACACCGUGCAACCCAUUGCACCUCACUCCGCUACAUGCUUCUUCGGUGUGAUGGCGGAGGUUCUGGCAGUGGCCUCUGGCAUCGCCGGGCUACUCUCACUGACUAUCGAGGUCUAUUCCGUCAGCUCAAGAUACAUAAGUUGUGUCAAGCAAGCUUCUAGAUCAAUCCUUGACAUUCAACGAGAACUCAAAGUCUUGAAAACUAUCCUGUCAGAACUUGAUAAGGCAUUGGAGGCUACGGAGGCUGAUGAACUGUUCAAGGACAGGCCAUCGGCAGUUUCGUCCAUCGAAAACACAGAAGAGUACAGAGAGGUCCUUCAGCGACUCCAGGCUAAACUCCUGAAGGAGUCGUCAAAAACAGGACUCACUGCGAAAAUUAAAUCUUUCACGUGGCCGUUCAGCGAAGAACGAACACAAGGUAUUCUUGAUGUGCUGCGCAGACACGUGAAUGCUUUUGGUCAAGCUCUUUCGAUAGAUUCAUUUCGGGUUGAAGCUGAAAUACUCAAAGAGGUACAAUUUCUGGGCAAGAAGCAAAGAGAAGAAACCCGGACCCGGCUUCUUGAAUGGCUUUCACCCAAGGCGCAGGAUGUCAAACAAAAGCAGCACGAUAUCCUUGCUAGACGAGUCGGGAGUACUGGGGACUGGCUCUUGGUCCAUCAAGACUUCAGGCAAUGGAGCUCAGACCCUUCCUCAUCUAUUCUAUGGUGCUCAGGUGAUCCCGGGACUGGAAAGACCGUCUUGAGUUCAAUCGUGAUCGACCAUCUGUCCCGAAAGUGCCAGCCGGGCAGAAUCGUUCAGGCCGCAAUAUACUGUGAUUACAAAGAUCAGACUAACCAGACAGCCUUGAAUAUCCUCGGAAACAUCACAAGACAAGUCAUUCAAGGACAGUCCUCCUCCAUCAAGCCGCUGGAGGACCUCUAUGAAAGUCUGACAAAACGCUCGGCACUCCCUAAUCUCAAAGAUUUUGAAGGUCUGCUGCACACAACAUGCCGAGAGUUCGAAACUGUGUACGUAAUCAUCGACGCACUGGAUGAGCUACCACCGGACCGGAGGAAAACACUCCUUCCUAUCCUCCUGGCUCUCCAGAAAGAGCAGCUAGCCAAAAUCUUGGUCACUAGCCGGCCUCAUCCUUUAGAUAUCCAACGAGCGUUUCAGAAGCAUAUCAGGCUCGAUAUUCGCGCUUCUGAUGAGGAUGUUCAACAACUCAUCAGAAGCCAGGUGGAAGAAGACGACGAUCUCCUUGAUGCUAUGGAUGAUGAUGAGAAAAUGAGGGAGGAGGUGAUUGAAACCAUCACCAAAGCUGCUCAAGGAAUCAUCCUUCUCCCGGUUCUCCAGCUGAAGCACCUACAAGGACUAUUUAGCAAAAGCCAAAUUCGCAAAGCUCUGCAAACAAUGCCCAAAGAUCCUUUUAGUAUGUAUGACACGACCAUCGAACGCAUAAAACGGCAGGGUGCCCAGCGAAGUGAGCUAGCGCUAACGGUUUUGGGUUGGAUUUCCCAUGCACGGAGACCACUUCUGAUUGACGAACUCAGGCAUGCCUUGGCGGUGGACUUCGACGACGAAGGCGAACGUCACAGACUACAUCAGGUUGAUGUGGAUAAUCUCAUCCGAUCGCAGCUGCUGAUCGAUGUCUGUGCCGGACUUAUAACCAUUGAGCCAGAAAGUAAAGUCGUGCAAUUGGUCCACUUUACGACGCAGGAAUACUUCAACAAGAAUGGUGGGUCGCACUUUCCUGAUAUACCUGGAAAAGUUGCUGGCACCUGCCUGACCUACCUCUUGAUCGACGAGUUUGAAGCUGGCCCUUGCCUCAAACCAGACUCACUGAAACGUCGUCUCGACCAGCAUCCAUUCUACGAAUACGCCGCAAGUCACUGGGGCGACCAUGUUAGAGGCAAAUUCGAAAUCAGUUGUUUACAUUUGAUACUCGAGCUUAUUAGAAAUGACAAGAAGCUGUGUGCAUCAGUCGAGGCCUGCAAUGUACGAGAGCGAGAAUUCUUUCGAUGGUGCAAUGGCUUCGGGUUUGAGCCUAAGAAUUUUGGUCCACUCCAUUGUGCAUCUUCUCAAGGAUUGGACGAAAUUAUCAAAGUUCUGCUAGCUGAGGGCAAGGAUCCAGGCGAGAUUGACGGGACCUUUAAAACUCCUGCUCACUGGGCUGCAUGGCGAGGACACUGCUCGUCAUUGCAACUACUGUUAGACACUGGCUUCGACAUCCACACUCCAAGCGAAGAUGGCUUUCGUUUACUCGAAACUGCAGUUGACCAAGGUCAUCUGGAACCCGUUCAGUUGCUGCUGGAUCGGGGGUUUGAAAUCAAUAGAAAAGGCUUUGGGGGCAGUACGGCUCUUCUCACAGCCGCACUCAUGGGCCACGAAAAUCUUGUUCAGCUCCUUCUUCAACAGGGAGCAGACUGUCGGCUGACGACUCAAUUUGGGGAGACUCCCCUGGUGAAGGCCGUGCUUUCGGGCCAGAAAGCGAUAGUGAGAAUGCUUUUGGCUCAUGGUGCAGAAGUAACUUCCGUCAACUCAUGUGGAAACACUGCGCUCCAUUGUGCUGCGUACACUGGGCAGGUCGAUCUCAUUGAGCUUCUACUUGAGGCUGGUGCAGAAAUUGAUUUGCCAACCAUCAGCGGAGCUACAGUCUUACAUCUUGCGGCAAACCAGGGACGCGAGGACGCUGUAAGAUACUUGAUUGGGAAGGGUGCCAGCAUUGAAGUGAGAACGGCCGAGGAGAGCCCUGACCUGAUGCCUUUAAUCAAGGAAGUGGGAAGAUGCAUUCCACAAAUGGUGCAGCUAAAAGCAUGUGGGAGAGGUUCGACACCACUGUAUGAAGCAGCGCUACAUGGGCACGAAAAGGUCUUCCAUUGCCUAGUCGACUCUGGAGCAUCACUGGCCACCAUGGACGCAGAAGGCAGUACAUUACUCAUGGCUACGGCAUCCUCAAUUGCGCAUGGUAGGGCUUUUUAUAUCAAUGACACCUCGACCAAGGAGGCCAUGAAAUCAUCUGCGCUUUCACUUGCAGAGUAUUUGAUUGAUCAUGGCGCCGACGUAAAUGCUUCAAAUAAGCAAAAAUUCACGCCUUUGCUCAACUCUGCGCGGGAGGGCUUCUUCCAGCUCAUUGAGCUUCUGGAGAAGUACAACGCAGAUACAAGUGCAAAAAAUGACAAGGGUUAUACAAUGCUCCACUUUGCGGCCAGUGGUGGCCAUACUGACAUUGUGGGCCGAUUAUUGAAUCAGGGAUCAGAUUUGGAAGCCAGGACUGAUGAAGGGUGCACCGCAAUCCAUUUUGCAGCUCAAACCGGCGCAUUGGAAGUGACACGGAUGUUACUUGAUCAUGGAGCAAACCUUGAGCUAUACGACAACGAAGGUAGAUCGCCAUUAUUCAGGGCCGUAUGGUCCCAUAACGCGGAGUAUGUUCAGUUUCUCUUGGAUCGGGGAGCAGACCCUGACUACAAGGUGUUUCAUGAUCUCGAUGUACUCUACUGCGCUGCACUGAACAACGAAACCGCAAUCAUGAAUGUGCUUGUCGGAGAAAAUGUCAAUCUGGUGAAGGCUUUGCACGACCGGAAGAUGAUACAUUUAGCGGCUGAGCGAGGAGACCUCGAUGUUAUUCGAACCCUAAUAAAAUGUGGUGUGGAUAUGUCCUCUCCAGAUGAGGAAGGUGAUAUGGCUGUUCAUUAUGCGGCUGGAGCUGGGAAUAUCGACGUGGUUCGAUUCUUGCUAGAAGCAGGGGUAGGAGUUGAUUGCCCAGGGAGGUUUGGACGAACCUCUCUACUUUAUGCAGCAUUGGAAGGCCAGGAUGAAAUGGUCGAUUUCCUCUGCGAGAAGGGCGCCAAAUGCGACUAUGUUUGUGAAAAAAACACAACGGCUCUUGGUCUGGCACUUGAUAAUGGCCACAUGUCACUUGCCCGUCGCCUUGCAGAUCGUAGAACACCAUUGGAUCAUCAAGAAGAUCGGAUUUGGGAAGCUUAUGCCGAUGGUAAAUGUGAGAUGCUUCAAUUCCUCAUUGAGCACUGGGACUCAGAUUCGCCCAUCCCCGAAGAGAUUACAUCACGUCUUAUUGAAGUGGCUGCUGAGUAUCGAGAUCAAGCAUUUGCGAAAUUUCUUUUGGAAAGGAAAUAUCCUGUGAAUGGAAAAGAACUGGCAAGGACUACUGCACUAGCAACUGCUAUUCACCGGGGUGAUUUGGAUAUGGUAAAACUUUUGGUUGACAAUGGUGCAAAUAGGAGCGAGGCCUUCUACGAUCGAAACCCUGUCCAUUUUGCACUCCACUGCCGCGAAGAAGACAUUGCCCACUACCUAGCCGAACAUGACUUUGAAUUUCACUGCAAUCAAGGAAUGUUCAUUGCGAUUCGGCAAGGGCUAUGCUCUUUUGCUGCGAAGACACUCAUUGAAGGAGCACAUGCGCCGAUCAUCAAGCUCGAAGACAGAGAUGCGAAAGGAAGAACCUACUUGCACCUCGCUGCACUUCAUGGCCACGUGGACUGCACACAAUUACUAAUUGACCAUGGAGCGGACUUGGAAGCUACGGAUCAUCAAUCAGCCACUCCUCUUUUCUCCGCCAGCCUGGAGACUUCCAGAUUACUCCUUGAAAAAGGCGCAAAUAUGAACGCUGUUGAUAAAGCUGGCAAUACUCCUUUGCAUCAUGCCAGUGAGACCAAUGAACCCGGUUCACUAGAACGUAUGGAGCUUCUCAUUUCUAAUGGCGCAUUUGUCAAUUGCAGAGACAGUGAUGGAGACACGCCAUUGCACAUUAGCUGUGCAUUCAACUAUCAUGAUAAAGCUGAUCUACUUCUUGCCAAUGGAGCAGACAUCUCUGCCAGAAGCAACGAUAACAACCAGCCAAUACAUCUCGCCACGGGGGGUCGCCGGUACCACUGGGAAUCCUUUGAUGAUGAAAAGUCCAUCUUAGAUGACACUAUCGACUUACUUCUCAGACAUGGAGCAGAGAUAAAUGCCCCUGGCUUCCACCAAUCAACGCCCCUGCAUAUCGCAACAAGGAACCCAAUGUUAUUGGAGUACCUCCUCGAGAAAGGCGCUGAUAUUGAGGCUGAAGAUGAUCAGAAGAUGACUCCACUGUUACAUGCAUGUGUGAGCAGCGCGCCAGCACAUACUUUUGAUGUUUUACUGCAAAAUGGUGCGGAUAUGCACAAGGUUGAUAUCCUCGGCCGCGAUGCGCUCGAAUUGGCACUUUAUAGCGGCACCGAACAAGGAGCUGAAGUCCUUCUCAAAAAUGGGUUUGCUCCCACCAAAAGCAAUAUCAAUACAGACGAUUUUGAGCUUCAUCGAGCUGCUCGAGGUGGAUGUACAACAUUGCUGUCCCUUUUACUCCAACAGGACAAUGUCCAAAUUGAGCAAAAGAAUGGAAGUGGGAACUCACCACUGGGCAGUGCCAUCUUCAGAGAACAACUCGAGUGUGUCGAGCUGCUUCUUAAACAUGGUGCAGACCCUUGUUCUUCGGGGCCGUGUGGCUGUCCAGAAGCACAUUUAGAUCCCCUCGUCAUGGUAGCGGCGAGAGAAUCCACUCCUGGGAUCUUGCUGUGCUUGAUUAAGCACGGCGCUGAUCCGAAUGUCCGCAAUUGGCACAACUCCACGCCGUUAACGAUUGCCGCUGAGACAGGCAACCUAAAAUGUGUAGACGCACUUCUCGGGAUAGAAGAAAUCGACGUGAAUGCCGUUGACGACGAUGGAGAUACAGCACUCAUCUGUGCUGCAAUCGGAGGCAGAUUUGAGCCCACAAGGCUACUGCUGAAACGGAAAGACGAUGACCGAGAAAUCAAAAAUAAAAAGGGUCAAACAGCCAAGGAGACGGCUGAGAAGAAGCGCCAUCGCCGUUUGGCAAGACUAUACGAGGCGGAUGAGAAAGGAUUGGAUUUGGACGGUGUUGAACCCUAUAUACCACACGCUUACGACUCCGAUAACUCCGGCAGCGGGUCUACAGGAAGAGGUGUCAGUCGACGAAGAGUGGUCGAUCGGUCGAAUUCGUGUGAUAGUCUCGCCUCUGAAGGAAAAGAUGGUGCAGUCGCCACAACACCUCAUGAGUGGUCUGAUGAGGAGAUUAGGGUUGUUGAGUUGAAAGACUCGGAUGAUGGUGUGCCGAUGCCGACGGAUGGAAAUCGAGAUGUCCUAGCCGAAGAGUGUCUUAUAGCCACGAAAGAAGCCCGCGUCUCCAAAGAUCUCAAUCACGGCCUCAGAGUCAAACUCCACAACAUCUCCAUCCCAGUCCCCGGACCCGACCAAGUCCCGAUAAAAGUCAUCGUCGCAGGCAGUAAUCCUAAGGAUUGGAAGUUUCUCUCGGUAUUCACUGAUUUCGUGCGCGAGGGGUUCAAUUCAGGCGAUGAGAUUGCUGGUGUCGUGGCGAGUGUGGGCAGUGAAGUGGCAGUAAGUGGGAAGCUCAAGGCAGGCGACCGUGUUGCGGCGUUUCAUUCCAUGAUUAGUCCGGCAGGGGCGUUCGCAGAAUAUGCCGUCGCACCUGCGGCGACAACGUUUCGCGUCCCUAACGGAACGAUGUUUGAAGAGGCUGCGACUAUACCACUCUGUGCGAUGACUGCGGCUCUGGGAGUCUUCUCAUACCUCGGUCUGGCGGAGCCACGGGCCCGUGGCAAUGAUGGGGGAAAGGAUAUAGCAGGUGACAGUAUUGAGCAGGGAGGUAUCAUUGUAUACGGAGCAGCCAGUGCAGCCGGAGCAUUUGCGAUUAAGUUGCUCGUGCAUGCCAACAUACAUCCGAUCCUCUGCGUCGCUGGGAAUGGCAUCCCCUUCGUCGUGACGCGUCUCGAACGUGCCAAAGGCGACAAGAUUAUCUACUACCGCGAUGGCAGUGCCGCCGUGAUCCGGAAACUGGCCGCCAGUGUCCCUGCUGGUCACAGAUGUAAACUCGCCUACGAUGCCGUCUCGGAUGACCAAAGCACCACCAAUAUCAGCCAAGUACUGGAUCCAAAGCAGGGGCGAAUUACGCUCCUGUGUCCACUGGCUGAAUACCGGCACAUUCCAGACACCGUGACGCAAACGAAGAUCAGUGUUGCUGUGGUGCAUGAGAACCCUGCGUAUCAUGAGUUUACUGAGAGAUGGUUCAAUCUCUCUACUGAUGGUCUGCAGCAGAGCUGGCUUAGAGGUUAUCGGUAUGAGGUCUGCGAGGGUGGACUACUAGGUGUCGAAAACGGUCUCAGACAACUGAUGAAUGGGAAAGCAAGUGCCUGCAAGUACGUUUUUCGAGUGGCGGACACUCCUGACUGGGGGAGGCUUCCUGAGCACACAUUCCUGAAGGCGACAGUGGAGUUUCGGAACGAAAGAGUUCUGAUGUUUUGCGAGGACGAGUGGAUCUGCCAACUAGGAGGAGUGCGAAGCUGA